AUGGGCAAGCUACGGUGUGACUUGGACGAGUACGAAAUUCGCACCGACAAGUUUAACAUUCAUGGUUUAUGGGAAUGGACAAAUUAUAAAGUCUCGAUUUAUGAACUUCCAUUAGAGCCACAUAAAACUUGUAUUGGCGCAAUUACUGAAGAUAUGGUUGAGAAAUGCAUUCCUGUUAAAGGAACAGAAGCUGGAACUCGUGCUGAUCGUUCUAGAAAAGAGGUUGACGCCUCAUUUCGUCCAAUGAAAUCAAGAGUGCCUGCACCAACCAGAAGUGAUGAAAAAAGGAAACCAUGGCCAAAUAUUAUUGCAGAAGUCGCAUAUUCUGAAAGUAUAAAUUACGUCUUCGAAGAUGUGAAAGAUUACUGGCUGAAAGAUUUUAGUCGCGCACAUGACUCGAUGAGUCAGAAAUGA